UCUACUUCUUCUUUUUCUUCUUAUUCUCUGUAUAGUACAGCUACAGCUGCAGCUAUCACAAUGAGCCGCCCCGACAUCACCCUCUACACAGCGCAGACUCCCAAUGGAAUUAAGAUUUCCAUUGCGCUGGAGGAGCUAGGUCUCCCUUACAAAGUCGAGAAGAUCGAUAUCACCAAGAACACCCAGAAAGAGCCAUGGUUCCUCGAAAUCAACCCCAACGGCCGCAUCCCCGCCCUAACUGACACCUUCACCGACGGAUCCAAGAUCCGCCUCUUCGAAUCCGGCAGCAUCCUCACCUACCUCGCGGAACAAUAUGACAAAGACCACAAGAUCUCUUACCCGCAGGGCACCCGCGAAUACUAUGAACAGAACAGCUGGCUCUACUUCCAGAACGCCGGUGUCGGGCCCAUGCAAGGCCAGGCGAACCACUUCCACCGAUACGCGCCCGAGCGCAUCGAGUACGGCGUGAACCGCUACAUCAACGAGACGAGACGGCUAUACAGCGUGCUGGAUGCGCACCUCGCCAAGUCCAAAUCCGGGUAUCUUGUUGGUGAUCACGUCAGUAUUGCGGAUAUCUCGCAUUGGGGAUGGGUUGCUGCAGCCGGGUGGGCAGGUGUCGAUAUUGAGGAGUUCCCGAAUCUCAAGGCGUGGGAGGAACGCAUGGCUGCCAGGGAGGGAGUCGAGAAGGGUAGACAUGUGCCGAGUCCGCAUACUAUCAAGGAGGUUUUGAAGGAUAAGGCCAAGGCGGAGAAGAUUGCGCAGGAGUCAAAGGGGUGGAUUCAGCAGGGGAUGAAGGCGGAUGCUAAGCAUUAGCUUUAAAUUAGUGUUAUUUAG